CCUCGGCCCCUUGGACACAUUCCAUCCUCUUACGCCUCCUUUUUUUACUUUCCCACUUCUCCAUCCGAUUUCGUUGUAGUGACAGGAAAAGAAAAAAGGAAAAACGCAGGCUGAAUCAGCGGAAUGGCCGGCGGUGACAUCAUCGGGACUGAACAAGCGAUGACCUCAUGGGGAAUCAAUCCCUGCCUUUGACCACAGCUUAUAACUCACUGCUUGCAUCGCUUGCAACUUCUUCCGUCCCUCGCUGAGUAUCUGAAAUCUUUUAAACAACCAACAUACCUCUUUCUACUAAGAACAAUUGACUUCAACCGAAAGGCAUCACCUUCCUCCGCAUCAUGGAUGUUUUCUACGCCUACACCUACUCCACAGCCGGCUGGCUUGGUCUCCAGAGCUUAGCUCUGAUCGCUGUGCCGGAGAUGAUGAGUACGAUGUUGUUGACCGAAACCCGAGACCCUUCCUCUCUUGAAACAUACUUCUCGCGUUGCCUGGGCUUCAGUCUGCUGCUCAUUGCCGUUCUCACGGUCAUGCUCACCGGCUCCGUUCCUCUGACCACCUCCAUCGCGCAGCCUGUCACAACGGAUGAUUCCGACCCCAAGGCACCCUACGCCGUGCCGACCAUGAUGGUCACGACCGUCUUCCACGGUGCUUCGGCGGGAUACGCAUACAUUUGGUGGGUGGCUACGGGACAGAUUGGCUACGCAAUUGGUAUGGUGGGAUACGCUGCCAUUGCGGCCAUUGGUGUGUGGUGUGCGCUGUUUGCCAGCAGUGGCGGGAAGAUCAGCCGCAAGACCGGGGUGGAUAAGCGGACCACCGGUUUCCCCUUUGCCAACAGAGAGGCCGAGAAGAAGUAUGCGGGGAAGAGACUGUAAACCUGAUCUUUGCUGCGUUGUAAGCAGGAUGGUUGGGCAUAGAGCGGAUAGUUGCAUGCGUGCAAUGACUGCAUUUGAAGAGUCUUGCUGCGCAAAGAGAGAAUUCGUUAGCUGUCGAAUAUGACACGUUCUUUAUA